AUGAUAUAAUAUAAAAAAUAUUUUAACAAUUUAGAACAAUUUUUAAGCUCUUCAUUUUAAUCGUUUUAGGUUCUGCAUAUUGAUCUGAAUAAAUGUUAUUGGCGAAAUUAAAUUAAUGAUGAAGCUGCAUCAGGCUUAGGUAAUGGUUUAGGAAAGUGCACUAAUCUCUCAAAUUUGACACUUGAUCUGAAGGGAAAUUAAAUAGGAGAUGAAGGUGCUUAAGGCUUAGUUUCUUGUUUAGAAAAGUGCACUAAUCUCUUAAAUUUGACGCUUAAUCUUUAGGGAAAUUCAAUUGGUGAUGAAGGUUUAUCAGGCUUAGGUUAAGGUUUAGAAAAGUGCACUAAUCUCUCAAUUUUGACACUUAAUCUUUAGACAAAUUAAAUUGGUGAUGAAGGUUUAUCAAUAUUAGGUUCUAGUUUAGGAAAAUGCACUAAUCUCUCAAAUUUGACACUAGAUCUUAAGCAGAAUUUGAUUGAUGAAAUUGGUGCAUCAAGCUUAGGUUCUGGUUUAGAAAAGUGCACUAAUCUCUCAAAUUUAACUCUCAAUUUGAUGUCAAAUCAAAUUGGUCCAAUUGGUGCAUCAGGCUUAGGUUUUGGCUUAGGAAAGUGCCCUAAUCUCUAAAAUUUGACACUUGAUAUAACGGGAAAUUAAAUUGGUGAAAUUGGUACUUCGGGUUUAAGUACUGGUUUAGGAAAGUGCACUAAUCUCACAAAUUUAACACUUUAACUAUGGGGAAAUUCAAUUGGUGAUUAAGGUGUAUAAAGUUUAAGUUCUGGUUUAGAAAUGUGCACUAAUCUCUCAAAUUUGACACUUAAUCUUUAGUAGAAUUAAAUUGGCAUAAUUGGUGCAUCAAGCUUAGGUUCUGGUUUAGGAAAGUGCACUAAUCUCUAAAAUUUGACACUUGAUCUAAGGCGAAAUUAAAUUGGCUGUGAAGGUGCAUCAGACUUAGGUUCAGGUUUAGGAAAAUGCACUAAUCUCUCAAAAUUGACACUUGAUCUAUGGUAGAAUUAAAUUGGUGAUGAAGGUGUAUCAGGCUUAGUUUCUUGUUUAGAAAAGUGCACUAAUCUCUCAAAUUUGACACUUUUACUAUGGUCUAAUUAAAUUGAUGAUGAAGGUGCAUUAGACUUAGGUUUUGGUUUAGUAGAGUGCUCUAAUCUCUCAAAUUUGACACUUGAUCUUAGCUAGAAUUAAAUUGGUGAUGAAGGUAUAUCAGACUUAGUUUUUUGUUUAGAAAAAUGCACUAAUCUCUCAAAUUUGACACUUUUACUAUGGUCGAAUUAAAUUGAUGUUUUAGGUGCAUCAAGCUUAGGUUCUGGUUUAGGAAAGUGCUCUAAUCUCUCAAAUUUGACACUUGAUCUAAGGGAAAGCUAAAUUGGUGAUGAAAGUGCAUCAGGCUUAGGUUCUGGUUUAUAAAAGUGCACUAAUCUCUCAAAUUUGACACUUAAACUUUAGCUAAAUUAAAUUGGUGAUGAAGGUACAUCAGGUUUACUUAUUGGCUUAGAAAAGUGCACUAAUCUCUCAAAUUUGACACUUGAUCUAAGGUAGAAUUAAAUUGGCGAUGAAGGUGCAUCAGCCUUAGGUUCUGGUUUAAGAAAAUGCACUAAUCUCUCAAAUUUGGUACUUGAUCUUUAGUAGAAUUAAAUUGGUGAUUAAGGUGUAUCAGACUUAGGUUUUGGUUUAAGAAGGUGCACUAAUCUCUCAAAUUUAACUCUAGGUCUUUAGUUCAACUAAAUAAAUAAAUCAUAAAAAUUGAAAGUAAAGUGUCAUAAAUCAAAAAGAUUAGUUACCUUAAAAAUAAAAUAUUGA